AUGAGAGUUGUAAAUUUAUUUUUUUUAAUAUUUAUAUUUAAAACAAGCUUGGUAUUUUCUAAGCAUCGUAAACAUGAUUUUACAGGAUUAAGAGGAAACCAGGCUCCUGGCAAACAAGAAAUUAAUAAAUGUAAACUUCAUUGUGAAGGAAAUAAUACUCUUGCUGAGAAGAUUCAUUGUAGUUUGAAUGAUCUUUUAGAGAACCAGACGAAUAUUAGUGGAAUGAUUUACUUUACAAGUGGAAAUGAAAGUUCAUACUCAAUACUAGAAAAUAGUUCAGAACCGUUACUCUUUGAAACUAGAGAAGAUAGUUUGGAACUUGUUCGUGUAACGGAAAAUGCCAUUAAUAACUCGAUUCUCGGUUUGUUAGCAAAUGGUUCUCUUGCUGAAUUGAACUCAAAAGGAAACGACACAAUAGGAAAUUACUCAAUUAGUUCACUGUUUCUAGAUACAGAGGAUAAUUUCCUUGUUGAGUUUGAUAAGUUCUCUAGUUUAUAUAACUUCGAAAGUACUGGUCAGAAAGAAUUAGCUUCGAAAAAUUUGACUGAUUCAUUAAUUAGCGGAAAUGAAACAAUAGAUAAUAGUGAUAAAAUAGACGCAAAUCAAGAAUUAAUUGACGAACUAAUUAAAGAGGAAUUUAAUACAACAGUAGGGGUGCUUGAAGAAAUUUCUGAGCGAUUUCCAGAUCUUAAGGAUUUUACUAAUAUUGUUAAGGGAGAAAAAAAUGUUAGUAUUAGGGAAUUACUUUAUGUAACAAGUAGAUUGAUGAGAAGUCUAAACACAAUUGAUGAAAAUAUUAGUGAUAUUGAUGAUAGUAGUUUUGAGAGGCUAAAAGAGAGACUGUCUGAUGAUGAGAUUGAAAAAUUGAAGAAUCAACAGGUAGUAGAUAAUUCUACAGUUGUAAAACAACCAUGGUACACUCCAUUGAAAAGUCUGGGGAUAAAUAUAAUUUCCGGGAAAAAUACUAUAUUUUCUGCAAUCAUUUCAAUUAUAGAAUCUGUUAUUGGGCUUUCACCAGUUGGAUCUAUUGUUACCAUAGUUGUGAGAGUAAUUGCAGCAAUAGUUACCAUGAUUCAUGAUAUAAUCCAAAGACGAAAAAGCAAUUCCAAUCUGAUUAGGGUGUUAAGGUCUCUUGAUGAUUUUGAUACAUCAGAAUUAUCGAAAGCAUCAUUAGCAAGUAAACUUAUUGAGAGAAUAUCAGUUAAUGCGGACAAUAUUCUUGAGUCUCAAUUUGUAUUAAGAAGAUUAUACAAGGAUUUGUCCGAACUUGCCUUUUUUGCGGAGAAAAAUCUACGUGAAUUUGAUGAAAACGUAGUUAGAGAUCAGUUAAAUAAAGCAAUAUCUGGAAAACUUGCGAGCAUGGUUUCUGGUAAUUUUACAAACAACUUUCAAAGUAUAAAUCAAAACGGUUCUUUUAAUAAGUACGGUUCCAGAUUACUUUUAACUUCCAGUUCAAUGAUUGGAUAUAAUUUCAACAAAGGAUUUUCUGUUAUUGCUGAUGAAAUAGAGGAAUAUUUAAAUGAUUCAUAUAACCUAUCGUGGGAAUCAAAUGAAUUCACAAGGACUCUAAAUAUUAGUAGUGAGGUAUUAAGCAAUUCUACUUUUAUUAACAAGUCUAAUUCUACCGAGAUUGUUACAACUACAACUUCUACAACUCAGCCUACUAAGGUAAAGUGGUAUGAUGGAUUAAUACAGUUUUCAAAAAAAGUUACUGAGCUUAGCGGCGUAGUAUCAAUGCUUGAUAUGUUGCUUGAAUUAUUUACUGUUAUAUUUGGGAAUUCACCACAGGCAGAAUCUAUAUUGUCGGUUCUUAGACUAAUCGUUUAUCUGAUAAAAUCGGUAUUCAACAUCUUUAGUAACAUUUCGUCCAAUAGAAAGUUAAUUAGUAUUACAAGAGUGAUCCCUGAGAAAAUAGCAAAUGAUCCUAAGUUGUUACAGUUUACGACAAGGAAAAUGAAAGAGAAUCUAGACGCUACACAGCUAGAAAGGGAUAUAAUUGACAGCCAAAUAAAAGAAAUAAUUAAAAUAUCUGAGCCUGAUGACUUUGAGCUUAUUGGUCAGGAAUUUGAUAAGUAUUUGACCUACAAUGCUACAGAAAGUCUACUUAAUGAGACCAGAUUAAGGAAGAAUACAUCAGUUGAAGCAAAAAUGCAGGCUGCAGGGUACCAUCUCAUGCAUGAACGGAUUUUGUCUGCGUCAGAGUCUACAGUAAUGGCGACAGAGCUCAAUUUCAAAUCUUGGAUGGAAAAAGUUGGUUCAUUCUUCGAUAACUCAUAUGAAAAAAUUAAACAAGUCAUAAAGGGUAUAUUUGCAAGUAUUUUUAAGGGCAAUAAAAUUGUCUCAUUUAUUGAUAAAUUGAUUGACCUUAUUAUUUCAGUAAUCAGAUCGAUUUAUCACGCUUUCAAAAAUAAGAGUACACAGAGACUUCUUAUUCAAGCAAUUGAGGAGUGUGAGGAACAAGAAUUACACGAAGUACUUCAAAAACAACUUGAGCGUACAUUAAAAGAGGAAAACAUUUCAAUUAUGAGAUUACUUCACUAA